AUGACACCCUCAUUUCGCCCGAAAAAACCAACUUCUGCAGUGACGCCUCUCCUUGCCAGUGCUGCCUGCAGGCUUUUUGAUCCUCGUGUCGCCCAUGAGCCCAUUCGUCGAAGGGACUUCCAUGCUAGGUAUAUCAAGGCAUAUGUCAUUGAUGUCGUUUUCCAUACGCAGACAGUCGUCUGCCAGCCGGCCUUUGAGCAGUUGAAGGAUGAGCAGUUCAACGUCUUCUAUGACAAGAUGGUCAUCACGCCGGGACGCCGCAGCAACAAAUUUGGUAUUCCCAAUGUGGAGGAGAACGCAAUCUUCGUAAAGAAUGUGGCCAACGCAAACACGAUGCGCAGCCGGGUCAACGAUUUACUCGAGAUGGCGUCAUUGCCCCGUGUGUCAGAAGUUGCUUCACAUCUUUAA